UGUGUGUGUGUGUGUGUGUGUACGGCGUGAAGGAGAGGAGGAUAUUGUUGGUAUGUACUUACAAUACCAACAAUAUCCAUGAACACUAUGCAAAUAAGGCUUCGUUGUGCGUUUCCCCCCGCCACUUUGCCGCCUGCUUUACACGCCUGAUCCCUUUCAUUUUUUAAACACUGCUGGUUACUUAACACGCCGCAUCCGCUAAGCCGCUGGCUUCGCCACACAAGCGGACCGUAUUUCUGGCGCGUCUGUGCCACCGCAGAGACAGCUGCCGCGCCUCGGCUUUUUUUCUUUUCUGCCAGAUUGACCUUUGUCCUCAUCGUCGAGUUCCCCCCCCUCUGUCCGUCUGAGGCCGAAGAUAGUUCACCUUGAGUCAACAUCCCAGUGGAUCUGUCCUUUUCGAUUGAACCGAUGCAAAGGGGGGGCGGCCGGCGAGGAGAUGAAGGGCCGCGCACACCACUAUUUCUGUCUCCUUUGCGAGGCCGUCCAAGUGGGGCCUCCGCGCGGCCGCGCCGUCCCCGCAGCUAAGCAGCACCUGUCUCCCUCGGUGGGGAGUGGAGUCACUGUUUGCGAGAGCAAUGUAGAGGCUGGAGAGGAAAACGAAGGAGACGAGGUGAAGCCCAAGACAAAGCCUGGUUUCGUGCCCGGCCUGGUGCCUCUAAAGAUCCCAGAUGGAGAAAAAGUGGACUUUGACGACAUCCAUCGCAAGCGGAUGGAGAAGGACCUGACGGAGCUCAAGACCCUGAUCGAGGCUCACUUUGACAAGCGCAAGAAGGAGGAGGAGGAGCUGCUCAGCCUCACGGAUCGCAUUGAGAAACGCAGGUCCGAGCGAGCUGAUCAGAUGAAGAUCAGGGCCGACAGAGACAGGGAUCGGCAGAACAAGUUAGCUGAAGAGAAAGCAAGGAAAGAGGAGGGAGAGGCCAAGAAGAAAGCAGACGACGAUGCGAGGAAGAAGCUGAUUCUGUCCAACCUGAGCUUCACCGGAUACAAAACGCAGACCGGGCCGAAAAGAGUCACGGAGAGAGAAAAGAAGAAGAAGAUCCUCAACGACCGACGCAAGGAGUUAAACGUUGAUCACAUGAAGGAGGAGAAACUCAGGGAGAAGGCCAAGGAGAUGUGGGAGUGGUUGCGCCAGCUGGAGGCAGAGAAAUUUGAACUUCAGUAUAAGUGCAUGAAGCAGAAGUAUGAGGUCACCGUGCUGAGAAACCGGGUCAGCGAUCAUCAGAAAAUCUCCAAGGGAAGCAGGAGCAAGCGAGGCCUGCGCAAGUGACAUCGGACAACAGCAGGAGGAAAAAACCGUCUCCAGUCCGCCGUCGGGGGGAAAAACGCGGGAGACGCAGAAGCUGAAUUGUGAUGUUUUGUUUUUUAUCUAACUACUUGAACAUGCGAGAACAAAGUUACGGUUCUGGAAAAAAAGUACAUAUAACCUGCUCUUGAACACGUUGAUCUGUGAAAUGAAGUGCAUGCUGGGUUCAUCUGCGGAUGAUAUGCAGACUGAUCAGGCGAUGUGGUGCCGCUCGCGGCGAUUGUUAAAAUGUGUCUAUUCUGUGGUGAAUUUGAAUCCUCAAUUCUUUGUCCGGCCACUGAAUGUGUCACUAACAAAACUCAGCUGCUGUAAGUGAAGUGGAGACUAAUUGGAUAUGAUGGUAUUUUGUGAUCGCAAUGAAUAAAAAAAAAAACACAGCUUUAUUUGACAAA